UAUAAUAAUGCAGAGUCAACUUAUUUACAUCGAUUGAUCCACUUCACUCCGCCACUUUAUGUUCUCAUGCUACAACUUCUAUUUCGCAAAUUGGUAGAUACUAGUUCCGUCAAAUCAUUAUCCCGAAAUAAGAACAUUCAAACGAGUUCAAAACAGCACCGAAAGUAAAACUUAUGUUUGGGAUAUUCGAGUGACUGCAAUAACUUUUUUUGACGCAAUAAAAGACGUUUGGCGUAUCUCAAGAUCAGUAUAGCAGAGUAAAUAAAUCGUGUACUUUACACAGGUCACUUACCAAAAAUAUUGGAUACUAAACCAUCAAACUAUGCAAUAGAACGAUUCCGCGGGUUUUCAAAUCCUGAAUAUGUUUACGCUUUUCCCUUCUGUCUUACUAUGUGUUACUUUCCUACCAUUAUAUCAAACAAUAAAGUUUUUCGCGCUGCCAUCAAAUGUCACCCUGUCCGGAUCUUAUCUCAAAUUAUCUUGUUCCUCUGAAAACCAAAUAUUUCCAAUUAUUUGGAGUCAUAACGGCAAUGAUAUAGCAGAAAACUGCCGAUUUUAUAUAGAAAAUCAUCGUUAUAUAUGCAAUAGACUUAACGACGUAUAUGAAAUUUACAUACCGAACGUUAAAUUCGAGGACAGGGGUAACUGGUCUUGUGCUCACGGGCCAAAAUCCCAAAAAGCUAUUAAUAUUGAUGUCUUGGUAAAAGCAGAUGUUUAUCCACCGAAACUGUUGACACUUCCAACUGGUGUUAAGCCUAUAAAUCCAAAUCCUGCAAUCAUUAAUAAAGUUGAUACAACCCAAUUGCAAGAAAAAUCUAUGAUUGGACAUAUUUAUGGUCUAGGUACUUUAAAUAAUCCAAUUGAUCUAAUCAAUAAAAAAGCAUACACAGAAAAUGGAAUUUUCAUUGAAUGUACAACAUCUUGUGCAACAUCAGUUAAAGGUAUUUAUUGGAAGGCGAAGAAUUCAACAUGGACUCAUAGUUUACAUGUGCAAUCAGGCAUUAACAAUGAUGAUGAUGAAGAUUAUGUCGACGACAGUUUAUACAAUCGAAUUCACAGAUUAUCCUAUAAAUCAGAAUAUACUAAUCCUAUUUGUGAGGUUGGUUUAAAAUCAGUUAAAAGUCGCAUACAAAUUAAAUGUGCAUCUGGACAAAGUCAAACACCAUCUAAACUUUUAUCACAUACAUUAGUUGGAUUAAAUAAAAUCACUUGUUUUCCAUAUUAUGAUAAAGAAAUGGAAAAUAAAUUGUCUAAAUUAACACGUUACAAUGAAGAACAUAAAGGAGUUAGUUCACAAUUUAUAGUACAUAAUAAAAAUAAUCCACCUGAUAUAACUCAGUCUGAUUGUUUCAUUGAUGAUGGUAAUGGUCAUACACAAGCAGCUGCUUGUAUUUAUGUUUUGUGUCCUGGUAAGUGUUUUUGUCGGUCACUGACUGUUUGUCUAUCUUUUGAUAUAUAUAUAAAUAAUAACGGGGCGGAUUUGCAUGCAUACACCAUACAAUUCUCUUUGAACCUUGCACACAACAACAGCAUCAUGCACUAUCCUAUAUAUAAGAAUAGUGAAGUAUUUUUCGGUCAAAAUAUACUACCAAUAGUAAUUGGUGUUGAAAUACUUGAGGAUUAAUUUAAUUAUGAUCAUAUAACACAUGAGAGCUGUUACAUUCACAUAUUAUCGAGUCAUUUAGAUCAAAUAACAAAGUUAUAGUUCAUUUACUUCCUAUGAAACAUGACCUAUCAGUGAAACUAGAAUUUAGUUAAAAAGAUAUCGCGUAGACUAUCUGAAUUUGUAUGUUGUACUUGUUACAGAUUGGUCUCCCUUGAAACAGCUACAAAUCAAACCAAUCUCCACAAAACAUAUUCAAUCAGACUAUAGUAGUCAGCUAAUUGAUAACUUUUCUGAAGUUCUAGUGAUAAAUCUUGACUGGCUGAAAUCAUGCACAUUUUCGAAGAAAUUAGCUGUAAUCAGUGAUAGUGGGAGGAUUCCAUCCAAUAUCUUCGAAUAAUUUGGGUUGGAAUUGUGCGGUUAAACAUCGACUUAGUGGUUCUAAUGUUAAGGAUUUUUCACGAAGUGUUAAAAUUCAAGGUUUGAUCCCUGAUUAGGAUGCACGUGAGCACUGUUGGUGUUACGUACUUGAUCUGUCUACCCACUAAUCUAGAUUAAGACUUUGGCAAGAUGGCUGUCUAGUUUAACAUUGAAGCUAGUAUCCAUAGGUUCUAAGUGAGACUAACUACUUGUGGUAGAGAGACGAAAAACUAAUUGACUCACAAGCUCGCGGCUCAGAAGACAGGUUGACUGGAACACCACUCGAUUUAUUCCCAAUGCUGAUUCACACUCCGAUCUGGUUCCGAUUGAGAUUAGUGUAAAAAGAUAUAUGAAUAAAUAGAUGACCAACAAGAGCGCAGCACACAAACAAUUAGGAAAAUACAAUUAUGACCAAAACCAAGGAUUAGGUUAGAAAAUAGAGCACAAAAGAUUAUGUUUACAUAACAAUAACUUUGGAACAGAAAAAUCUAUGGCUGUAAAGAUCACAUCAAACAAAAGCCUAUGGUUUGUGGAAUAAACUAGGGACAAAAGUAAAUAUCAGUGUUUUAGAAGCUUAAAAUCAAAUGAAAUAAUGUCCCCGAAAAUAGUUCCCGUUACUUGACAAGGCUUCUUAUUUCUCUGUUCACAUCAGUUCGGGAGUCCCAACUAUGAUGAAACAACUGCUCCGCGCUUCUUGAUUUUCGAUGGCACCCCUAUAGCACAUAAUCUACGACGUAUAAAAUCGACUAAUCAGGGUUUCCUUUGAAAAUUUCUGUCGAAGCAACUCUUUGAAAAACAAGUAGCAAUUUACUAAUGGUUAUUAUAAGACCUUACUAUUGGAAAAAAAAUGAAAUAAGUCUUUGUUAUGAGCCACACAAACGCACAAACUAAUUACAUUUACAUUUAUUUCAUAUACCAUGGUUAUCUUCAUUAAUCUAUCAGUUUUAUUAUUACCACCGUUGUUGUUUAAACACAUAAUCUGUAUUGAAAAUGUUUGUGAAUACAUAUUUCACUUUAUCAUGAAAACGAAAAUAGUUAGAUAUCAUACAGACAUUCACUACACGUGAGUACAUACACGGAUACUUAAAUGAUCUAAUUAAAUGAGUAAUCUUAAAGUAAAUAAAUUAAAUAUGUCCAAUAUAUUUAAUGAUCGAUUUUACUUGUUCAUAAUCCAUAACGAAAAACAUUUUUAAACUUGUAUAUACAUGAACAUUAGAAAACAUGUUUAAACAAGAUUGAAUUUGUAUAUGCCAUUACUCAAUGUCAAGUUGUUUUUAUCACUGAAUAAUAGAUGAAGAUUCUCUAUGCUCUUUUACUUAUCUAUGUGUAUAUGUGUGUGACCUCUAUACAUAAAGACACCUACAAACCGCACUGCAAACAAAAAUCAGCAACAUCAUUACUUCUUGUCAUACAACUCAACUACCAUUUGGAAUGAUGACUGAGUCAAUAAUCAUAAGGUAACAUAAUCUGUUGGCUAAAAGGAACAUGUCGAUGACUAAAGAUAGGUAGAUGUUUAUAAGAGAAAUUGUCUUCUAAAUAUCAUUUCACCCACAAAUACAUUAAAACAGGUUAAACUAGAAUUAUCAACCAGACAAAUAAGUCAGUUAUAUGAGUCUUGAUUUCCGCGAUAUUUACAUAGUUACUAAGUUAUUUAUUUGAGAAAUACUCAUUAAUUAAAUGAACUGAGCCAUAGAAGAAAAAUGACAGGAUAAAAGGAACAUAACGUUGUGUAUAUUAUACAACAGUCUCGUGAAAGCUUAUUACAAGCAGACAUCCCACUGCACAAUAGUAGUAUUUUUUCCUUAAGAAACUCCGUUGACUUGUACAAGUCAGUGAACAAAUUUUAAUAAAAAGCCAGUACAUCUACAAGUUAUUCAGUACGUUGAUUCGGAUAAUAAUUCGGAAAAAAUACCAGCGUUAUUUGGUUUAAACAAGCUGUUCUUUUUAUUUAAAACAAUUUAAAGAACAGUUUACAGGUUUGCUUCGUUCUAGUUUUUCGUGAAUACAUUGGUUACGGUAAAAUCUACAUGUCAGAAAAUUGAUUCUUUCAACAUUUUUAUAAGAAAUCUCAUGUACAUUCAGAAGUUUAAUCUUAUUCAACAAAAUUUGAAUCUGUUAUUGUCAGACCAUUAUUUUAAUAUACUCAAUAAAACUUUGAUUAAAAUACGAUGGAUAACAUUAGCGGUUGUUACCCUAUCUGCUAGCUGAAUUUCAUCUAACUGAGAGAAUGCUCGUCUGAAAACAGCUAAGAUUUAAUGAUUUGUGCUCUAGAUUCUUGAUCAUUAGUGUCUGACUGAAGGAAGUGAAUUUGUUCUAGUUAUAUAAUGUGAGUAUGCUUAAGUUAACGUUUUAGUCACAGUAAUUAGUCAAUGAAUUUACUGCAACGUUUUAGUAUUAAUUUAUUUAUUAUUGCAUGACAUGAAAGUUACAAACUUCCUAAAAGUUUCCACGUGUUUAGUUGGGAGUAAGAAAAUAAUUAGAUAUAAAACUCAUCAUAUAUACCACCACAUACUUUCUACAGAGAAAACAUGGUCUGUGGAAUUAGUCCGGUUGAUGGUCAGCCAAUUACUCAUGGGUAUGAAAUUAUAUCAGAACGCUGCAACACUUAGAGCUGAUUGUAGCUGAAAAUUUAGACUAUUAAAUACAAACUCAGGAGCUGGUCAAGAUCAUGGCACUAGUGAGAUUGAAAAGUCAAGUAUAUUGUUCUUUUCCAGAUCUUAGAUUUACCCCGAUUGAAAGUCUUAAUCUAGGAAAAAGUAGUUCAUAGCUCUUUGAUUUCUAGAGACUCUUUACCUGAGAUUAGUUUAGGAUGAGUAUCAUUCUUAAAUUACACUGUGUCUUUAUAAACACAAUCCAAUCGUAUAAGAACACUCGAUAUUUUGAUCGGUUUCAAGUUUUAUUGCUUUCUCAUCUAAAAAUAAUGAUAAACAUUUUCAAUUACCAACAUAUUGUUUACUGUCAGUGUGAAUAAAAAUUAUCAAGACUAGAAUGUGAAAGUUUGGUUGGUAAUUUUGGCUCAGAUUGCCAGCUGAAUUCACUGUCUUUGAAUAAAUUCAAUAUCUAUUUUUUGAAGUUAGAAUUACAUUUUUCGGAUUUAGUCGAAACGCUACAUAGCUUAGACAUUCUUGAUAUUAUUAGGUAAGACUAAAGUAAUUUCUAGACUUAUCAGUUCUAAAAUCCACAUCUUUGAACAGUGUAAAUUUGCUUUGUGACAGUUCAGUAGUGAAGAAAUUACUAAUACUUUAUUUCUUGUCUGGUAGAGAUCUACUUGACUGUUUUAUCUAUCGAAUCUGGAAUUUUCAAAAUUAUUUGAAUUUUAAUUUACCUACUUAUAAGUAGGCAAGUGAUGAGCAUAAAAUAUACGGAGGCUCGCUCGUUUUCAUUUCUUAGAAAACACAGCUACAAUGUGAAACAUAAACAAAAUAAUUACCAUUAUUUUAUUCCUUUUAUGGUUAGGUCAACCAGUGGCUUGGUUUACAUUCGGGGAAAAAGUCGCCCUUGGUUCAUCUGCUGCUUUAUUUCUUGUCUUAAGUAUAUUAUUUUGUUAUAUAACACGUCAACGUCGUCGGGCUAAACGAAAAGCAGAUAUGUCACCUGGACAACAACACGAAAUUGAACUGAUGUUGUGAAAUUAAGUUCGCAGAUAUUCCUGAGUCUUCCAUUUUCUAUUUUCAUUGAAACCGAAUUACCAUAAACCCUAUCUGUUUUCACUGAAUGGAGCUAGAUAUUGAUUGAGAUCAUAACGAAUAUCUCUUUAUAAAUGUGUACUUCAGUGUGGAUUUAUCUUAGUACAUUGUAUCAAUUGAUCUUUUAAAUUAUUUCAUCUACCUUCAUCUCAUAUUUUUUAUGGAAACAAAUCCUACUGUACAGUUAAUAAUUAUUUUGUAUAAUCUGUAUCAUAUUUCUUUUUUAUGUAACCUUUUUGUUAUCAUUCUGUAUUUUAGUAUUGUUUAGAUGUGUACGUAUAUUAAGAAGAUAUAUACAUUACACAUGUAUCAACGGUGAAUUAUCUUUUUUUCUGUUGAUUGGCUGGGUAUAUUUGACGGGAAACCGUGUUAGGAAAUCGUGUUAGUUGUCACUCGUUAGCAAAACGUACUUUUCAUCCCCCCUGUAGAACUGGAACCCACCACAUUCAGCUACACAUCUUGAUACAUUACCACUGAGCUAGAUGGUUGUGACCGAUCUGUCGGACUGAGAAUUCUACUAUUGAUUAAUCACUGAAUAGCUACC